AUGCAGCUGUUGGGGCUCCUCAGCAUCCUCUGGAUGCUCAAGGCCUCCCCAGGGGCCACAGGAACUUUAUCCACGGCCACAUCCACCUCUCAUGUGACUUUCCCCAGGGCGGAAGCAACCCGCGCUGCCCUCAGCAAUUCUCCACACUCCAGAGACCUGGCUGAGUGGCCACUCGGUGUCCCCCAGCUCGCCUCUCCUGCUCCCAGCCACAGGGAAAAUGCACCUAUGAUGCUCACUACUUCCCCCCAUGACACACUCAUCUCUGAAACAUUGCUCACCUCUCCAGUCAGUUCCAACACCUCAACCACCCCGACGUCCAAGUUUGCCUUCAAGGUCGAAACCACUCCACCCACCGUGUUGGUCUAUUCGGCCACCACUGAGUGCGUGUAUCCAACGAGCUUUAUAAUCACCAUCUCCCACCCCACCUCCAUCUGUGUGACCACGACGCAGGUGGCCUUCACCAGCUCUUACACCCCCACUCCCGUGACACAGAAGCCAGUGACCACCAUCACCAGGACUUACCCUAUGACCACUACUGAGAAAGGAACGUCACCCAUGACAUCUUCUCCCUCUACCACCACUGCUAGGGAAACUCCCAUAGUGACAGCGACACCCUCCUCCUCUGUGUCAGCCACAGACACAACCUUCCACACUACAAUCUCCUCUACAACUAGAACCACAGAAAGGACUCCCCUGCCCACUGGAAGCGUCCAUACAACCAUGUCCCCAACCCCAGUAUUUGCUACUCUCAAAACAGCAGUGACUUCCACUUCCCCCAUCACUUCUUCAAUCACUCCCACAAAUACAGUGACUUCUAUGACAACGACCACCUCCCGGCCCACAGCCACUAAUACAUUAUCAUCACUCACAAGUAGCAUUUUAUCUUCCACACCUGCCCCGAACACAGAAGUGAUCACCAGUCAUACCACAACCACCACCCCACCAUCUACCUUGGUGACCACACUCCCCACUACCAUCACCAGGUCUACACCUACAUCUGAGACGACUCCUUCCACAAACUUGGGAAACACCACCACUGAGACCACCUCCCACAGUACUCCCAGCUUCACUUCUUCAGCCAUCUACUCCACCGUCAACAUAUCCACAACUACCAUCUCCUCACUUCCCCCUUCCUCAGGUACCAUGGUGACAUUCACAACCAUGACCCCAUCUUCUGUGAGUACAGACAUAUCUACCACCACACUGAAAAAUAUCACCCAGCCUUCUGUGGGCUCUACUGGUUUCCUGACUACAGCUACAGACCUCACCUCAACAUUCACAGACCUCACCUCAACAUUCACUGUUUCCAGUUCCUCAGCAAUGUCCACAAGUGUCACUCCAUCUGCCCCCAGCAUCCAGAAUAAAGAAAUCUCAACACUUGUGAGUACAACCACUACCACUGGUCCCACUGAGAGAAUGACUUUCACAAGUACAGAGAAUACCCUGACAAGUUACAUCCUGACCACCUGUCCAGUGACAUAUUCAUUUUCCCCUUCCACGUCUGCCAGCAGUGACUGGACCACUGACACAGAGAGCACCUCCUCAGCUCCAGCCAUCACCAGUACACUCCACACAACAGCUGAAUCCACCCUAAUCUUUUAUGACACCAAUGAUUUCUGCUACACCCAUCACUUCUUCAGUCACUCUCAGAAAUACAGUGACUUCUAUGACAACUGCCGCCUCCCGGCCCACAGCCAGUCCCAUAGUGACUUCCACAACCAUGACCCCAUCUUCUCUGACUGCAGACAUCCCUACCACCACACUGACAACUAUCACCCAGCCUUCAGUGGGCUCUACUGUUUUCCUGACUACAGCAACAGACCUCACCUCAACAUUCACUGUUUCCAGUUCCUCAGCAAUGUCCGCAAAAUCUCUGACAACAGCCAUAACUUCUCCUUCCAACACUUUAUCAGUCACUUCCACAAAUACAGUGACUUCUAUGACAACUAUGACCUCUCCUCACACAACCACCCAUUCUUUUACCUCACUGACCCAAUCUCUCACAACAGCCAUGACUUCUACUCCCCCCAUCACUUCUUCAGUUACUCCCGCCAAUACAGUGACUUCUAUGACAACUACGACUUCCUGGCCCACAGCCAUUCCCACUACCUCAGGUCCCAUGGUGACUUCCACAACCAUGACCCUGUCUUCCCUGACUGCAGACAUCCCUACCACCACACUGACAACUAUCACCCAGCCUUCAGUGGGCUCUACUGUUUUCCUGACUACAGCAACAGACCUUGCCUUAACAUUCACUGUUUCCAGUUCCCCAGCAAUGUCCGCAAGUGUCAUUCCAUCUUCCCCCAACAUCCAGAAUACAGAAACCUCAACUCUUGUGAGUACAACCAUUGCCACCAUCACACUGACUCCUACCACGAACAUGUCCAGAGAAUCUCUCAUGACACCAAUGACUUCUACUACCCCCAUCACUUCUGCAAUCACUCCCACAAAUACAGUGACUUCUAUGACAACUAUGACCUCUCCUCCUACAACCACCAAUUCUUUUACAUCACUGACAAGUAA